AUGUUGCUAGGAUUGAUUGAGAGCGAGGCUGCUCUCAAUUCUAGCCUGGUAGAAAAGAAGGACACAAAGGGCCUGUCGCAGGACAAGAUGAUCUUUGCCACGGCUCUCGUCGCGCUUGGCCUCGCCAAGCGCGAGCUCGAAGCGAAGCUUUACGGCCCGAGCGGUGACGUCGUCAAGACCUUCGAGGACGACGCCGUCAUCGACCAAGUGCCAGCCUCUGCCGACGAGAAGCUGGAGGUGACGAGCUCGACCCACUCUCUCGCCACGGGGCUGGUCAACGAGGGGACCAUCGACGUGAAGAAUACCGCGGUGCUGAAAGCCUCCUCGUCGACCGAGAACUCCUGCGCCGAAUCUCCUUGUCCUGACGGCUUCUUCUGCGAUGCCUCGGACGUCUGCACGCCCUGCCUCUCAUGCGUGGGCGGUCCUGUUGCAGCUGAUGUGCUCCACCGGCUGAACGGCUUGGCCGCCGGCACGUACAAGGAGGGCCAGAUCUUCAUGCAGCCGAACCCGAUCAAGUUUCUAGCGCUCGCCGCCGGCACGUACAAGGAGGGCCAGGUCUUCACGCAGGCCACGACCGACGCCGUUGGCACCGUGACCGGGAUCCCCGAACGAGGCUCUACGUACACGAUUGUGAGGAUGAGCGUGACAGCGGGGGCGUUCGACACGUCCAACGUCAUCACCGUGACGAAAGGCGAUGCGGCCGACCUUGCUGGCCUGCCCGCGGACAGCGACGCCAGCACGGACGGCCACCAGGUAGCGGCACCGACCGAUACGUACGAACCACCGGCACGCAGUGGCACCGUGGCCAAGACCCCGGCAGUGACUCUGACCAUCGCCGCCGGCAAGUACAAGGAGGGCCAGGUCUUCUCGCAGGCCACGACCAACGCCGUGGGCACCGUGACCGCGACCACAAGCGAGACGGCUACCUCAGUGACCAUCAAGACGACGACUGGGGCGUUCGACACGUUCAACGUCAUCACCGUGACGAAAGGCGAUGCGGCCGACCUUGCUGGCCUGCCCGCAGACAGCGACGCCAGCACGGGCGGCCACCAGGUAGCGGCACCGACCAGUGUUGUCGGGGCGACGUCCGUAGUCGUGGCUUGGACUAAUUACGGGCCCAAGGGUUUCGACACGUCCAACGACAUCACCGUGACGAAAGGCUACGCGGCCGAUCUUGCUGGCCUGCCCGCGGACAGCGACGCCAGCACGGGCGGCCACCAGCUGGCAGCUCCGGGCGCAGUCGCAGACGAGCCGCUGCCCUGGGCCGACAUCUGUGGUGGCGAGCCACUGCCCUGGACCCCCGACGGCAAUACCUGCGUCGAAGCCACUGCUACUACGAAUUGCGAGGAGAAGUGCGCAGCGUCUUCAACUAUCGCUCUUUUGUGGGCGUCCACCGGCGCCGGUUUGCUCAACGAGGGCACCAUCAACGUGCUCGACAACGCGGUACUGGAGAGCGCUGCAGUGAAUGGCGGCGGCAAAGGAGGCGGCGACGAUGGGCUGGCAAACUCAGGGGCUCUAAACGUUCUUGACAACGCGGAGCUGAAGGUGGGCUCUGGGACCUCGUUUGUCAACGGAGCGACGGACUCUCUCUUCUAUUUUACCGGAUACGAUGACCCUUCUGCCGACGGUGGCACGGUGACGAUCGCUGGCAGUGCGUCCAUCAAGAACUCGGGCAGCAUCGCGAUCCUGCGCUCGAAGCUCGAGAAUGCGGGCACCGUGGACAACGAGGGUUAUAUUCAUCUCUAUUAUGAUUCUGUUCUCGAGAAUGCGGGCACCGUCAACAACGAAGGUGAGAUUGAUCUCCGUGACAAUUCUGUUCUCGAGAAUGCGGGCACCGUCAACAACGAGGGUGAGAUUGAGCUCUCGUACGACGCGGUGCUCGCCAACACGGCCACCGGCACCAUCGAAAACUCCGAGGAGGGUGAGAUUGAUCUCCGGCAUGAUUCUGUUCUCGAGAAUGCGGGCACCGUCAACAACGAGGGUGAGAUUGAUCUCUAUUAUGAUUCUGUUCUCGAGAAUGCGGGCACCGUCAACAACGAGGGGAGGGUUGAGCUCUCGUACGACGCGGUGCUCGCCAACACGGCCACCGGCACCAUCGAAAACUCCGAGGAGGGUGAGAUUGAUCUCCGGCAUGAUUCUGUUCUCGAGAAUGCGGGCACCGUCAACAACGAGGGUGAGAUUGAUCUCUAUUAUGAUUCUGUUCUCGAGAAUGCGGGCACCGUCAACAACGAGGGGAGGGUUGAGCUCGCGUACGACGCGGUGCUCGCCAACACGGCCACCGGCACCAUCGAAACUUCCGAGGAGGGUGAGAUUGAUCUCCGGCAUGAUUCUGUUCUCGAGAAUGCGGGCACCGUCAACAACGAGGGUGAGAUUGAUCUCUAUUAUGAUUCUGUUCUCGAGAAUGCGGGCACCGUCAACAACGAGGGGAGGGUUGAGCUCGCGUACGGCGCGGUGCUCGCCAACACGGCCACCGGCAUCAUCGAAAACUCCGAGGAGGGUGAGAUCGCGCUCGAGAACGCGGAGCUCGAGAAUGCCGGCAAAAUCAGCACCGCCGGAGAGAUCAGUCUACGGGGAGAGGACGCCAUGCUCAACAACACCGGCACCAUCGAAAGUCUGGGUGGCACGAUCGAGCUGACCGACGGCGCGCCGUCACUCGAAAUCGCUUGCACGCCUUGCGGGGACGGCUUCUUCAAGCCCGGCAUCGGCGCCGAUGCGUGCACGCCGAAAAAGACGGAUUGCCCUGUGGGCGAGUACCUCACGGCAUCGACUGAUAAGACGUCGGACGCCACUUGCACGGAGAUGAAGACGGAUUGCCCGGCGGGCGAGUACUUCACGGCAUCGACAGACAAGACGUCGGACGCCACGUGCACGGCGUGCGCCGCUGCGGAGUUCAAGGAGGGCGUGAACGCCAUCACAUCGUGCACGCCGAAGACGACGGAUUGCACGGCGAGCGAGUACCUCGUGGAGUCGCCGGACAGCACGACGGAUUCCAAUUGCACGCCUCUGCCGCCGGACACGAGCGUCGCCGUCUCCUUCACCCUCUCGAUCGCGGCCCCAACCACACGCCGCCUGCGCUCUCUGGAUACCAUCGACCUCGAUGAGAUCAUGACUGCUGUGAUCGACUCCUUCGCUACCCUUGCUUCCCCAGUCACCGUUACGUCUGAGCAGAUCGCCCUCGAGGAUCUCGGCGACGACAAGGUGAGGGUGACCAUCGUGCCGGCGGCGGGGCAGACUGCCGCGGAGAUCAAGACCGCUGCCACCGCGACCAACAACGAUCAGAUUGAGUUUCUCGUGACCCUCGGCGCUAAGCUGGGGUCCGGCAGGACGUCUAAGAAGGCGACGCGGCGCGCGGCGAAGGCCUAA